ACCGAUGGUCGGGCUUAUUUUGUCGAAGGAUUGUUGGACAUCCGAACAUGUGUAUGAAAAUUAAAGGUUGAGCCUCUUUAACACAAGAAGUGGUCGUUUAGUCUCCGGAGAUAUGGCAACACGGAGUUAUGGUGCCUGUGCUCUCUGUCAGAGGGCCGCUGUUGUGACGUUUACGAGCAGGGGAAUGAGUGCAUCAUCCCAGGUGAAUUUCCUAAAAGGUGAACUACACAAAAAGCACCCAGGUGUGACCAACCUGAAGACUCUGUGCCUCCCUGAGGUGCUGCAGGUGGCUGCACGGUCCAUUAUUCACAGAUCCGAGGUGACUCGGUUGACAGACCGCGCUCAUAGCCUCACAAACUUCCUCUGGAGCCGAAAACGGGCAAUUGACGAUUCGACUCUGAGGCAGAAAGCUGUCGGCCUGGAGAAGGAACUGUGGGAGAAAGCCAUGGAGAAGAGAGGAGUUAUUGAUGAACAAGCGCUGGACGACCGCAUCAGGAGGAAAGUGGUUUCAGAGCUCCGCAGAACCACGUACCACUGGACUCCCAUGAAGUAUGAUGAAGAGUUAGGGGUGGUGUACAUGGCGGCUCGACUGGCUGGGGGUUACGCAGCAGUGAGGAGAGCUUUAAAUGAGAUAAAGAAGAGGGAUCCCUCUUUUGCCCCACAGUCUCUGCUGGACUUCGGUUCAGGGCUGGGAACUGUUGUCUGGGCGUCCCACUCGUGCUGGGGCGACACAUUGAAGGAGAUGGUGUGUGUGGACAGCUCUGGGCCCAUGAACAUCCUCGCUGAGCGGCUCCUCAAAGGUGACGAUGAAAGAGCUGAACCUCACAUCAAGCAAGUCUAUUUCCGACAGUUCCUCCCCGUCUCUCCAAAGGUGCAGUUCGACGUGGUGACGGCAGCUUUCACCCUUUCAGAGCUUAAGAAUGCGAAGGACCGAGAAGAGGCGGUGAUGACUCUGUGGAGAAAGACGAGCUCGUACCUGGUUCUGGUGGAAAAUGGAACCAAAGAGGGUCACCAGAUGCUGAUGGAGGCCAGAGACUCUUUAUUAAAGAAACAAGAGAAGACCGUCCAUGACCCCAGACCAGCGUCAGUGUUUGCUCCGUGUCCUCAUGAACUGAUCUGUCCUAAACUGGCCCGUGAGCCCUUCUCGCCCUGUAACUUCCAGCAGCAGUACAAACCUCUGCCUCUGCCCGGGCACAACGACCAGCAGAGGGAGAAGUUCAGCUACCUGAUUGUGUCCCGGACUGAACCAGCGAGGGCCGCCGCUGAAGGUGUGGACUGGGCCAGGCUGACUGCACCGGUGCAGCGCAGGACAAGACACGUCCACUGUCGAUCGUGCUGCCCUGAUGGAAAGCUACAACACCUGGUGGUGACCGCACGGAAACACGGCAGAGAUGUGUACCGCUGUGCUCGGAACAGCGACUGGGGAGAUCAAGUUCCAAUCAUCCAGGAAGCCGAUGAAGACACUCGGACUGAUCCAGAGUGAUGACUCAGCAUGCGAGAGGAAGCAGACUCGUUUUUUUUACAAUUUUACACGAUUGAAACAUGAAAUUAAAUGAGAUACGAUUCCAUUCAAUGACUCAUCAGCGCUAGUUCAACAGAACAAUUUCAUGUUCUUACUGGAUACGGACACCGUCAUAUCCUGACGGACUCAUUUGACACCGAUUACUUCAAUAAACAUUCACACCAUGUCUUGAA